UUUUUGCUGUUAAUUAUUAAUUAGGUUUGUUUAACGCUGACUGCUCAAAGGAUGAAGAUUAAGAAUUGUCUUGUGCGUAAUUUAGAAGCAGUGGAGACAUUAGGAUCAACCUCUGUUAUAUGUUCAGAUAAAACUGGGACACUCACUCAAAACAGAAUGACAGUUGCUCACAUGUGGUAUGAUGGUAAAGUGUUUGGUGCUAAUACAGAUGAGACUCCAAAUAACCCACUGAUAACUAGAAGAGAUAUGACUCCAACAUGGAAUUAUUUAGCAAACAUCAUUGGUCUAUGUAACAGAGCUUAUUUUAAGGAAAAUCAAACUGGAAUUAAUAUACUAGACAAAGAGUGUAUUGGUGACGCGUCUGAGUCAGCUUUAUUGAAGUGUUAUGAGUUGGAGGUCGGAAGUGCUCUAGUUUUACGAAAUAAGUAUAUCAAGAAAUCUGAAAUACCUUUCAACUCUACCAACAAAUUUCAAGUAUCUGUACAUGAUGAUCCUGAAACUGAUGGUCAUUUACUAGUAAUGAAAGGGGCACCUGAAAGGAUAUUGUCUCGUUGUACAACAUAUUUAUUAGAUGGAGAGGAGAUGCAGGUUACUAAUGACUUUAGUAAGGAUUUUAAUGAUGCUUAUAUGGAGUUAGGCGGAAUGGGAGAAAGAGUUUUAGGUUUCUGCAUGUUACAGUUACCUGGUGAGACAUUUCCGAAAGGUUUUGAAUUCAACAACGAAGAGGUUAAUUUUCCAUUGGAGGGUCUGUGUUUCGUUGGUUUGGUCUCAAUGUUAGAUCCUCCGCGGUCCAAUGUACCGUUAGCCGUUAGUAAGUGCCGGACCGCGGGUAUUAAAGUGAUAAUGGUCACUGGCGAUCACCCUAUCACUGCUAAAGCCAUUGCCAAAUCAGUCGGAAUCAUAAGUGAAGGUAGUUUGACUCCUGAAGAUGUUGCUGAAGCCGAGACUAUAACAAUAAAUGAGAUAAGAGCAAAGUAACACCAUAAACUGUCAAAUUUACCUUGAAUUUCACCUCAACACUUGUUGUACCCACACACACACACACAUAC